UAGUUCAGAUAAACUUAACUAAUCAAAAGCAAUUUAGCAAAUUAUCUAUAAUGUGUAGCUGGAUGUUAGAAAUAUAACAGCUGAUGUCUGAACCAAAAAGAGAAGGAAACAAGGGUAAGACCCAUAAACAGACUGAGAGACAUUAGACUCCUAAAUCCCAAACUGUAAUCCUCAGAAUCUCUGUUAUUUCACCCUGUAGCUCUGUUUUCAAAGAUGUUUGUCUAGUGUCUCUCUCAUGUAGCAGCCACUAGGAGGUGCUUAAGUGAUCUGCUGAAAAAAAAAGGGAAGACGAAUCCAAUUAAACCUUCACUUUCAUAGUACCUUUAGUAAUCCAUGAUUUAAAUGAAUGAUUAUUGCCUUCUAAGCUGUUGAGUUCAGAGGCUGCCAGGGUAUUUGAUGUCCAUUAAUUCAUCUAGGCAUACUUCUAGUCUUUUUGGCAUCUUGUGGCAAUGAAUUCCCAAAUUCAAUUAUGUUCUUUGCAGGAAAGGCAUUCUACUUGGUAUUAUUCUCACCUUAAACUAUUAAGUUUUGUCAUGUACCUCCGUAUUCUUACAUUAUGGGCAGUAGUCAGUCAUUGUGUAUUUAGCCCUUCUUGCUUUUUAAAUACCUCAUCACAUCACAGAAAGGAGCAAUUUUGUGUUUAUUGCAAGCACAACCCAUAAGAAAAUGCACAGUCAGGGCAUUCUUUAUGCUCAUCUCUCUCUGAGGAAUUUGAUCGCCUCUGUUUGAGCAAUGCCAGUGUGAGCACAUUCCUAUACUGCAUCUAGGAGUUAACUUGUGUCACAGGAGAAGUGCUUGAGAUUUGUGGGUUAAACAGUGUUGAUAGCACUGCAAUGUUUUGGCUGCUCCUGGCCUGCACAGCAUCAAAGCUUUCUUCCACCCUCCCUGCCCAUCAGUAGGUAGGGGGGUGGGCAAGAGGCUGUGCAGGGACACAGCUUGGACAGUAGACCAGACUGGCCAGUGGGAUGUGCUGUACUGUGUGUAUUGUCAUGCUCAGAAAUAAAAACACAGGUAGAGGAAGAAGAAAGGGUAUCAUGAAGAUACCCUUUGCUUUCAAGAUGUCUGGUUUUUGGAGAUUAGUAAACUGGAGCUUGUGGCAUUGGUCACCCUGUGGGAUGUGGUGAGCAUUUUCUUCCUUCACUUGGGGGUUAUUUUCUUUUUCUUCAUCUGUUAAACUGUAUCUCAACCCUGUAAGUUUUUUUUACCUUUCUUCUUCCUAUUUUCUCCCCUGUCCCACUACUUGUUCAGUAGUUCAGCUACUACUGAACAAGUAGUAGCAUGGCUGCUGGCCAGGGUCAAGCCACCCCAACACUGCACAAACACCUAAAAACGUGAUUGAAGGAAACAAGACAAAUAGCAGCACCCUAUGGUUCUGUGGUAAUGGUGCUCACUGAAUUAACCAGUGUUGUGAAAGAUCCCUAUUCUGGGUGUUUCUUGAGCUUAUUCUAGAUAUAGAUAUUCCUCUUGAAGUUGUGCAUGACUGUGUAUAGUUCAAGAAAAAUCCAUGAGACUGGACUGAAAGCCAAGAAAGAGUUAGGCUUCAGUAGCAAUGUGGACUGUUUGAAUAUUGCAGAAAGGGCAGUUGGUGUUCUCAGUCUUCUAUUCACUACAUAAACUUGUGGACUAGAGUUUGGUGGCCAACCUGUUGCUGAGUCCAGCUCUGAGAUGUGAAAUAAAACUCUUGUUCUUUUUCUGUGUCAUUAAAUCUAGUGGGUGCUGGAGAAAAAUAACUUUAAAAGGAAGGUGCAGAAUGUUUUACCUAGUUGAUAUUUUAGGGAUAGAAAAGUUGCUGUCUCUCCCCUUUCAUUGUAUGUGGAAUUUAUGGAUAUAAAUUAUAUUCUUCUUUAGACUUUACUGUUCUAAAGCAUAAGCUUACUCUGAGCCAUCUGUUACUCUUUUUUGUUCAAAGGCAUGUUGGAUGUUUCGCCUAAAAAAUAGACUGAAUCUGAUAUUACAGGCCUGCAACUUAAACAUAAAUAGGUCUUACAGCAAGAAUAGAUGAUUGUGGAAUGAUAGGUUGGUGAUUGAAGCAUUUGUCAGGUGAACUGUGGAGCAAAUUUCAGUUUUCCAGCUGUAAACUGGCUUCUGAGAGGUUGUCAGAAUAAGUAGAUGACUUUGUACAGUUGUGACAUCCUUGUUUGCAUUCAAAUACUCUGUAAACCAUACAGCCAUUUAAACAAUUGCUCCUUUCUUUGAAACUAGUGAGGACUGCUGAACUGUGUCACUCAGUGAGUUUCUGUUUGGAAACUGGAUUCUGAUGAAUUUGUUCAAGAAAUGGGAAGGCAUUGGUCUUAGCUGCUGCUCUGAGGGGGAGCAAGUGUUCAAAAAACAAGUAGACGUGGCACUUCAUGAUACGUUUUAGUGAGCAUGGUGGUAUUUGGUCAAAGGUUGGACUUGAUGAUCCUGGAAGUAUUUCCAGCCUUAAUGAUUCCAUUUUUCUAAUGUGUCCUCUCCUUGAAGGAUUCAGGAAGAGUAAAGAGGAUCUCUGAAAGUCGUCUCUUCUGUUUCUCAUGAGAAAUUUAUUACUUGUGGUACUUGAACUGGGAUUUGAUUUCUCAUCCUAUGGAUCACUGAAUGAGUAACAGAUGGCCUUGCCUCGUCUUACAGGCGCUUUACGCUCCUUUUCAAAUGUCACUAAACAUGAGGAUUACAGUGAAGAAUUAGCUGACUUAACGACUAAAAGAUCAAAACUACAUGCCCAGUUGCUGAAGUCCGAUCUUACUUGGAAGAAGAUAAUAAAGUUUGUUGAUGACAAUUUGGACAAAAAAGAAUACCAAACUGUAAAUGGUGAUUUAAAAACUAUCUUACAAGCUGCAAAACAAAUAGUUGGAGCUGAAAAUGGACAAGAGGCGAUUGAAAGUGGAGCUGUUUUUCUUUUUAAGACAUUUCAUGGGAAAGAAUGUGUUGGCCAUGAUGAGACAAAGGUGAUCAAGCAGAUGUUUGGGCCAUUUCCAUCAUCAUCUGCUACUGCAGCUUGUAGUGCCACGUCUCGGAUUGCUUCUCACUUCACUGAAGAACAGCUUAGAGCCCUCAUACAGUUGGCUGAAGAGCAAAAUGGUGAUAACAGAGUGCUGUUUGGUAAAAAUAUAGUGUUUUCAUUUGACAUGCAUGAUUUGGAUCACUCUGAAGAGCUGCCUGUGAAUGGUGAGACUGAUGUGCAGAAAAGUAUAAGCUUAGAUUAUAACAAAUUUUUGAAUAACCAGCUGAAUCACUUACAGAACUAUUGUGAAGAGAAAUCUAAUAUCAAAUCUUUGGAAAAAAUAGAUGAUUCUUUUUUAUGGUGUGAAGUUGGAAAGUACCUGAAGGAAUCUCAAGGAGGUAACCCUGGAGGGCCAACAACCGAAGACCUCUGCUGCACUUUGUAUGAGAUCCUUGCUUCUACCAAAAGUGCCGAUGAACUUCAAAAUGAGUUAUUUGAGCUGCUAGGCCCUGAAGGUUUUGAACUCAUAGAGAAACUCCUACAGAACAGAUCUCUGAUUCUGGAAAGAUCUUUGACUUGUCCAAAUGAUAACAGGUUCCAGGCUCUCCAAGAACAGUGCAAGAAGUUCAUAGGAGAAAAUGCUAAACCAAAUUAUGGUUGUCAAGUCACAAUUCAGUCUGAACAAGAAAAGUUGUUAAUGAAGCAAUAUCGUCGGGAAGAAAAAAGAAAUGCCAGAAAAGAAAAACAAGCUGUGGAAGAUGGAGAAGGUUCUGGAGAAGGACAAAUGUCCUUUGAUCCCAAAGAGCUGCGGAUGCAAAGAGAACUAGCGCUGCUGAAUGCUCGAAGUAUGCCAGUCCUAGGUAGACAGAGAGAGAUGAGCGUCGAAAAAAUUCAUUAUCCACAUGUCUAUGAUUCCCGAGCUGAAGCUAUGAAAACAUCAGCAUUCAUUGGGGGUGCAAAGGUGUUCUUACCAGAGUCAGUUCAGCGAGAAAAUAAUAAAAUGUAUGAAGAGGUGAAGAUCCCCCAUAGUGAACCAAUGCCUAUUGGUAUUGAAGAGAAAAUUGUUUAUAUUAAAGACUUAGAUGAGAUUGGACAACUUGCUUUUAAAGGCAUGAAAAGGCUAAACCGAAUCCAGUCUAUAGUUUUCGAGACUGCCUACAACACAAACGAGAACAUGCUGAUCUGUGCCCCCACUGGAGCUGGGAAGACCAACAUUGCCAUGCUGACAAUCCUUCAUGAAAUUCGCCAGCAUGUCCAGCAUGGUGUUAUCAAAAAGGAUGAGUUUAAGAUUGUGUAUGUUGCUCCUAUGAAGGCUUUGGCAGCCGAAAUGACAAAUUAUUUCAGCAAGCGUCUGGAACCACUUGGCAUUACUGUGAAAGAGUUGACUGGUGAUAUGCAACUGUCAAAAGGCGAAAUUCUACGAACACAGAUGCUUGUGACUACUCCAGAGAAAUGGGAUGUAGUGACAAGGAAAAGUGUUGGUGAUGUAGCCCUCUCUCAGCUGGUAAAACUCUUGAUUCUUGAUGAAGUUCAUCUACUGCAUGAAGACAGAGGACCAGUACUCGAAAGUAUAGUAGCACGUACUUUACGGCAGGUUGAAUCUACACAAAGCAUGAUUAGGAUUUUGGGCCUUUCAGCCACAUUACCCAAUUAUCUUGAUGUUGCUACAUUUCUACACGUCAAUCCCUACAUUGGAUUAUUCUACUUUGAUGGCCGUUUCCGACCCGUACCUCUGGGACAAACCUUUAUAGGGAUCAAGACAACCAACAAGGUGCAGCAGCUGAAUCAUAUGGAUGAAGUAUGUUAUGAAAGUGUACUGAAGCAAAUAAUGGCUGGACACCAGGUGAUGGUGUUUGUUCAUGCUAGAAAUGCUACAGUACGAACUGCUAUGGCUCUUCGAGAAAAAGCAAAAAACAAUGGUCAUAUUUGUCACUUCUUGUCACCCCAAGGGUCAGAAUAUGGGCAAGCUGAAAAACAGGUACAGAGAUCCAGAAAUAAGCAGCUCCGUGAGCUGUUUCCAGAUGGAUUUAGUAUUCACCACGCGGGAAUGCUGCGGCAAGACAGAAGUUUGGUUGAGAACUUGUUUUCUAAUGGACAUAUCAAAGUCUUGGUUUGUACAGCUACACUUGCUUGGGGUGUCAAUCUGCCUGCUCAUGCUGUUGUUAUUAAGGGAACACAAAUAUAUGCUGCAAAAAGAGGCUCCUUUGUUGACCUUGGAAUUUUAGAUGUCAUGCAGAUAUUUGGUCGAGCUGGACGGCCUCAGUUUGACAAAUUCGGAGAAGGCAUCAUUAUUACAACUCAUGAUAAACUCAGUCAUUACCUGACUCUUCUUACACAGCAGAACCCAAUUGAAAGCCAGUUUCUUGAAAGCCUUGCAGACAACUUAAAUGCAGAGAUUGCUCUUGGCACAGUAACUAAUGUGGAAGAAGCAGUAAAGUGGAUAAGUUACACUUAUCUUUAUGUACGGAUGAGAGCAAAUCCAUUAGUAUAUGGCAUCAGUCACAAAGCUUAUCAGAUGGAUCCAGGUCUAGAAAAGCACAGAGAACAAUUGGUUAUUGAAGUUGGCAGAAAACUGGACAAAGCCCGCAUGAUUCGCUUUGAAGAACGGACUGGCUUUUUUUCUUCAACAGAUUUAGGCAGAACUGCCAGCCACUACUAUAUUAAAUACAAUACUAUAGAGACUUUCAAUGAAUUGUUUGAUGCUCAUAAAACCGAAGGCGAUAUUCUUGCUAUAGUAUCAAAAGCUGAAGAGUUUGAACAGAUAAAGGUAAGAGAAGAAGAAAUAGAAGAGCUAGAUACCUUACUAAAUGAUUUCUGUGAACUUCCUGCUCCAGGAGGUGUGGAAAACAAUUAUGGAAAAAUUAAUAUCCUCCUUCAAACAUACAUUAGCAGAGGGGAGAUGGACAGCUUCUCCCUUAUUUCGGAUUCUGCAUAUGUUGCACAGAAUGCAGCUCGCAUUGUUCGAGCUCUUUUUGAGAUUGCCCUGAGGAAACGCUGGCCUGCCAUGACUUAUCGGCUACUGAACCUCAGCAAAGUCAUUGACAAGCGGCUCUGGGGCUGGGUGAGCCCUCUGAGGCAGUUCUCAGUGCUACCACCAUCCGUCCUCUCCAAGCUGGAAGAGAAGAAUCUCACCAUAGACAAGAUGAAGGACAUGAGAAAAGAUGAAAUAGGUCAUAUGCUGCAUCAUGUGAAAAUUGGGUUAAAGGUAAAACAGUGUGUCCAUCAAAUACCCUCCAUCAUCAUGGAAGCGACGAUCCAGCCAAUCACCCGCACCGUGCUCCGAGUCCGGCUGAGCAUCGCUCCCGACUUCACCUGGAACGACCAGGUACAUGGCAGUGUUGGAGAGCCCUGGUGGAUUUGGGUAGAAGACCCUACUAAUGAUCACAUUUAUCAUUCAGAGUACUUCAUCAUUCAAAAGAAACAGGUCAUUACUAAAGAGCCUCAGCUGCUGGUGUUCACAAUCCCAAUUUUUGAACCUCUUCCUUCUCAAUAUUACAUUCGAGCUGUGUCCGAUAGAUGGUUAGGAGCAGAGGCUGUAUGUAUCAUAAAUUUUCAACACUUGAUUCUUCCAGAGAGACAUCCACCCCACACAGAGCUUCUGGAUCUUCAGCCUUUGCCUAUCACAGCCUUGGGACAUCCUGAAUAUGAAGUCCUGUACAAAUUCACACACUUCAACCCUAUUCAGACACAGAUAUUCCAUACCCUCUAUCACACAGACUGCAAUGUUCUUCUUGGAGCUCCUACAGGUUCUGGAAAAACGGUUGCAGCUGAAUUAGCCAUCUUUAGAGUUUUUAACAAGUAUCCCACAUCAAAGGCAGUGUACAUUGCACCCUUGAAAGCACUCGUCCGUGAGAGGAUUGAGGACUGGAAAGUAAGGAUUGAAGAAAAGCUUGGUAAAAAGGUUGUAGAAUUGACAGGAGAUGUGACUCCUGAUAUGAGAGCUAUUGCCCAAGCUGACCUGAUUGUUACUACCCCAGAGAAGUGGGAUGGUGUCAGCAGAAGCUGGCAGAACAGAAGCUAUGUUCAAAAAGUUGCCAUUCUCAUCAUAGAUGAGAUCCAUCUUCUAGGGGAUGAGAGAGGCCCAGUGUUGGAAGUCAUUGUGUCUCGAACAAACUUUAUCUCGUCUCACACUGAGAAGCCAGUAAGAGUGGUUGGUUUAUCCACUGCUUUAGCAAAUGCCAGAGACCUUGCUGACUGGCUAAACAUUAAUCAGAUGGGUCUGUUCAACUUCCGACCAUCGGUGCGCCCGGUUCCUCUGGAGGUGCACAUCCAGGGCUUCCCUGGCCAGCACUACUGUCCUCGCAUGGCCAGCAUGAACAAACCUGCUUUUCAGGCAAUUCGGAGUCAUUCUCCAGCCAAGCCUGUUCUUAUUUUUGUGUCAUCCAGACGUCAGACAAGGCUCACUGCCUUAGAUCUCAUAGCUUUCCUGGCCACAGAGGAUGAUCCCAAACAAUGGCUGAAGAUGGAUGAAAGAGAGAUGAAUGACAUUAUAGUCACAGUUAGAGAUUCGAAUCUGAAGCUGACCCUUGCUUUUGGAAUAGGCAUGCACCAUGCAGGUCUGCAUGAAAGGGACAGGAAAACUGUGGAAGAAUUGUUUGUGAACUGCAAAAUCCAGGUUCUUAUUGCCACAAGCACAUUAGCUUGGGGUGUAAAUUUUCCAGCUCAUUUAGUAAUUGUUAAAGGAACAGAAUACUACGAUGGAAAAACAAGGCGUUACGUGGAUUAUCCCAUUACAGAUGUGCUUCAGAUGAUGGGGCGUGCUGGCAGACCACAGUUCGAUGACCAAGGAAAAGCUGUCAUUCUAGUUCAUGAUAUUAAGAAAGACUUCUACAAAAAAUUCCUUUAUGAACCUUUCCCAGUGGAAUCAAGCUUGUUAGAGGUGCUGGCUGACCACUUGAAUGCUGAAAUUGCGGCUGGAACUAUUACAUCUAAGCAGGAUGCAAUGGAUUAUAUCACCUGGACCUACUUCUUCCGUCGACUUAUAAUGAACCCAACUUACUAUAACUUGGAUGAUGUGAGCCAUGACACUAUGAAUAAGUACCUCUCAAGCCUUGUUGAGAAAUCCCUGUUUGAUUUGGAAGGCUCCUACUGUAUUGAAGUUGGGGAGGAUAAUCGCAGCAUUGAGCCGCUGACUUACGGCCGUAUUGCCUCCUAUUACUAUCUGAAGCAUCCAACUAUUGGGAUGUUCAAGGAUCAGUUGAAACCUGAAAGCAAUAUUGAAGAAUUGCUCUUAAUUCUGACAAAUGCUGACGAGUACACAGAUCUGCCUGUGAGACACAAUGAAGAUCAGAUGAACAGCGAGCUGGCCAAACACCUUCCAAUCGAAGUCAAUCCCCAUUCAUUUGACAGUUCACACACAAAAACACACCUCUUGCUGCAAGCCCACUUCAGUCAUGCCAUGCUGCCUUGCCCAGAUUAUGCAACUGAUACAAAGACGGUGCUGGACCAAGCAAUCAGAAUAUGCCAGGCAAUGCUGGACGUAGCAGCCCAUCAUGGCUGGCUGGUGACUGCUCUGAACAUAACCAACCUGGUGCAGAUGGUGGUUCAGGGUAGAUGGAUACAUGACUCAUCCCUGCUUACUUUGCCAAAUGUAGAGCUCCAGCAUCUUUACCUUUUUCGGAAGUGGAGCCAAGGCCAAAGGAAGAGUGUGCAUGGAGGUUACCAAGGACCUAUCGAGUGUCUUCCCGAACUAAUGGCUGCCUGCGAAGGAAAAGAGAAUGUUUUUGCUUCCAUUGUGGACAGUGAGUUGCCAGCAGCACACAUUUCACAGGCUUGGAAUUUCUUGUGCCGUUUGCCAAUUCUGAACAUCAGUCUGAGCAUUAAGGGCAGUUGGGAUGAUGCAGUUCAGCCACAGAAUGAAGUGCCUGUUCCUUCUUGGACAACAGACACACGAGAUGACAAGAGAUGGAUCAAACUGCAUGCUGAUCAAGAGUAUGUGCUCCAAAUAAACCUGCACAGAACCCAGAUGGGGUACCAGGGAAAGCAGGACAGUAAAGCAAUGGCUCCUCGAUUCCCCAAAGUUAAGGAUGAAGGAUGGUUUUUGAUAUUGGGAGAAGUUGAUAAAAAAGAACUCAUCGCCCUGAAAAGAACUGGAUAUGUCAGAAAUCGAAAUACUGUUUCCAUUGCUUUUUAUACUCCAGAAACUCCUGGAAAGUGUAUCUACACCCUGUAUCUCAUGAGCGACAGCUACCUUGGCAUGGACCAACAGUACGACAUUUACCUGAACAUUGUACCAGCACAAGGCCCCACGGAGGGGACUGAGGCCAGGAGCCACCUGGCCUGAAGUAAGGCUCUCUGCAAAGUCCACUCAGUCAAAAGAACUGGUCCUGCAACUAAGACAUCUGGUCAUUCUGGGACAUCCAAAAGUGCAUCUGCCUUACUGGAACCACCUUCAAACCUCAAGACAACGGGGACACCGAAAGUGACUGCUGUAUUAACUCUGAUGACACCGAGUUAGCCACAGUGGCCUUACUCCUUUAUGAAGAUUUGUCUUUUCUUGUUUUAUCUUUCUUCUCUCAGAAGUCAGAUUGUUAGUUGAAUUUUAAAACAUCAAAAUAAAUGACUGAACAGUACUGUAAUUUGUGCAAAUUCAGGGCUAUCAUCUUCAUUUUGAAAAGUGUUAUAUAGCCUGUCUAUUAAUAGCAUUUAAAUACUCAACUUUUUUAAUUUAUAGGGGAAAAUACAAAAUUUGAUCUAAGAGCUGCUGAAAAUAUUAAUGGAUGUGUUAUAUUUCAUGUUUAAUAAAAAUAUUCCCAGAA